GCGUUCUAUGAACACCUUUCUCACAAAAUGUCCAUGUCUGAUUCGGUUUCGAAUGCCGGAUUACGACUGCUGCGGAUCAGAGAAGAAGCGACUCGUCUAGCGGACGAAUUUCAUGACCUGAAAACGCGGCUUCGUAAAUAUCACAUUUCGACCUUAGAUCCGGCGUUCGUUAAAGGAGACUUCGCUCAUUUCCCGUCUACGAACUACAUCGAAGUAUGUUUUCAGUCAAUCGCUCGUGACGACAUGAAAAGUGACGAGGUUGGUAAAGAACGAGCUGAGGAUGAUAUCAAACCAAACACUUUUCAGGAAGAGGAAUUGAAUUUUACGGAUGUUGACGAUUACGUUCCGUAUGUCACCGUAAAGAAAAGGCGUUAUGAAAAGUUUGAUUUUGUUUUCAUACUUUAUUGCUCAAAAUUAGUGCAGAAGGAAACGGAACUCGAAAAAAAGUUGAAGGAGGAGCAGAAAUUGCUGGAGAGUGUUGCCGGCCGCACUGCACUUAUGGCCGCAGCAGAAAUCGCCAAGGGUAUUCGAUACAAGGAGCCCAUUAAAACUGGGCUCAGUGGACGGGAUAUGAUCGGAAUCGCUUACACCGGUUCAGGCAAGACACUCGUUUUUGUUCUUCCUAUCAUUAUGUAUUGUGUAGAACAAGAACAAGAGUUGCCGUUCAUUAACAACGAAGGCCCGUAUGGACUAAUCAUCGUUCCAUCGCGUGAGUUGGCCAAACAAAUCUGCGACAUAAUCGAUCACUUUACUUCCGCGCUUCGCAGAAGUGCACUGCCUUCUCUUCGGCAUUGUCUUUGCAUCGGAGGUAUGCCUUUAAAAGAGCAGAUAGAAGCGUUGAAGCGCGGCGUUCACAUUAUGGUGGCGACACCUGGUCGUCUAAUUGAUCUACUGGAGAAAAAAGCCAUAAGCCUCGAAAUCUGUCGUUAUCUAUGCAUGGACGAAGCGGACCGCAUGAUAGACAUGGGAUUCGAAGAAGACGUCCGAACGAUCUUCUCAUACUUUAAGGUAUGACU